GGCAAAAAAGGAUUUCCAUUCUAUGAGCAAUUUGCAAUGAAAAGUUCAGAAUGGUAGGAAUGACUCUACCAUAAUUUUCUGUAAUAAAACAUUUAUUAAUAACAGAUUAGCCAUACAUUGAAAGUCCCAUUGUGCCAGAGACUGUAUCAUAACUGAAACAGGAUGAUUAUAGAAAUACUUGUGUGGGAACUGCAUUUUCAACAGAACCAUUGAAACCCAGUGUUCUUAGACUAAAUAAGUCUUCCAAUAUGACACUCUCCAGCACACUGACAGAAAGGCAAGGUGGAUUUUUCUUCAAUCUUUUAUGGCAUUACAAUCUUCCAAAGUCCCCUCAGGGCCAUCUGUGACACCUUCCCCAGGGCUCAUGCUGAAGUCAGUUCUAUUUGGAAAGCUAGAAUUCAUCAGUGGGGUUUGAAGUAGGAUCUAAUUAGAGAAACAAAAUUCUUUAAAAACAAAAUUACUACCUGGAUGUGGUGUUGCAUGAUUUUAAUCCCACAACUUGGGAGGAAGAAGCAGAAGGAGUGCCACAAAUUCAAAGCCACUGUGGUCUACACAGUGAGUUCUAGGCCACUGUGGUCUACACAGUGAGUUCAAAGCCACUGUGGUCUACACAGUGAGUUCAAAGCCACUGUGGUCUACACAGUGAGUUCAAAGCCACUGUGGUCUAUGUAGUGAGUUCUAAGCCAUCCAAGGCUGCAUAGUGAGACCCUGUCAUAACCCCACCAAACAAAAACAAAUUUACUAGCAUAUAUUGCCACAGACCACCCCAGCCAAGUAUGGGGGUCCCUGGGAUGAGGGUUUUCAAAGUCCAGGUGGGUAAGUUUUCGGGGGUGACAAUCAGAAAGAAACACAGAGGCAGUUUGAAUCUGAGUGUAAUUUGCAGCUCUCAAGCAGGGGAUUUUAUACAUAAAACCAAACAUGACACAACUCUUAGAAACCAUAUCCAGCAAGCCAUCAUGAAUACCAACAAGAAUCACUUGUCACAGUAAAAUACAAAAAUCAUCUAAGCAUUAUGACUCUAAAACCACAUGUUCAGUGAAUAAUAAACAGAACAGGUAACAUCAUCAACAAAAAUAUAACAAUUCUGAAAGAAUAUAUUCAAUAGGGCGAUCAUUCAAGGCUAGUGGCAUAUUCCCAAGAACAGGUUAAUAAAUCUUUAUGGUCAGUGCUCUUAACCGCUGAUCUAACUUUCCAGCCCCUAUGAUUAAUUAUUGCUUAAUAUCUAAUACCUGAUUUUUUUUAUAAAUCUUCAAAGCAUAAAUUUAAACUAUUUCAAUUCUUUCUCUAAUUAAGUCUUUCUUUACCAUAUACUGAAACCCACCUCUGAUGACAUACAUGCAGCCAUAUGAAAUUUAAUUGUUGGGAAAGUUGUUAUCUAUCAUAAUAAUUUUGGAAAUGAUUUGAAAAGUAAAGCAUUGGUUACCCUGGAGAUAAAAUCAUGUUAGUGACCCAUCUCAAGGGGUGGCUUUGUACCCAUUAUUCUUGCUUAAGAUCGUUGUCUGGGCUACCAGGAACCUGUAGGUAAGGAAAGGAAUAAAAACAAACAAAACAGAAAAACUGCCAAGAGAACUAAGGCUCAAUUGUUUUCUCUGGCCAAGAGUUCCACAACAAGUUCCAGGAUACUUCCUUAUUUUGAAGUCUAUUGCCUCAGGCUGUGGAACUUGUCAAAUAGAUUCUCUUGGUGUUGGUGUGGCAAUAUAUGUAUUGUUUGGAGAGCUAGGUUUCAUGAAAAAUUUUGCUCACGAAAAGUUUAUGUCGUAUACUUGGACACGCCUUUAAUCUGUACCACACCCUCUGCUGGAGACCUGAAUAAGAACAUUGGAAGAAGGAAGACUCACUCUCCUUUGCCUGCUUGCCUUGUGGGACUGAGCAACUGCUAGAUCCUUGAACUUCCAUCCACAGCUGCUGCUGACCAUUGUUGGGGAGUUGGACUACAAACUGGUCUGCCGAGAUGCACAUCAUGGUAGAUGACAUCAUGAGACUCCUGUACUCCAUUUCCCAGGAGAGGAGGAUGACGUACAUCAAGUACUCUGUGUUGGCUGCUGUGGUUGUGGGGGCAAUGGCCUUCGUUGGUGGCUUUGUUGGUGGCCUACCAGGAUUAGCUGUUGGGGUGACCAUUGGGGGCCUGUUAGCCUGGAUGACGAGUGAACAGUUUCAGCCAGUUCCUCAGACCUUAAUGGAGCUGCCCCCUGCUGAGCGGCAGAAAAUUGUUAAUGAAGUCGCUGAAAUCAUCAAGAACCUGCCCUGUUCAGAAGCUGUGCACCUGACUGCUCUGGUCAUGAGGAACCAUGCCAUUAAGCGGAUCCUCUCGACUGUGGUUAAUUUCAUCAAGAUGCUGAAGGCUUAGAUCUGCUAGGAUGACUAGGUUGCUUCCCCUGGGGAAGAGCAUCAAUUGUCAAACAAUCUCCCCUCCUCUAGGUUUGGUUUGUUAAACCAGAGAAACCUCUGGGUUUCUGUCUGUGAUUCUGGUUGGCCUCUGGCUCAUCGUCUUCCUCCCUCAGCCCCUUGAGUUCUGAGAUUACAGGCGUGCGCCACCACCUAAUAAAUCUUUAAGAGAGAGCUCAUCCUAGAUUUUCUAGACAAGACCCCUUAAGGCAAGGUCACAAGAGAUUUGUAACCCAGGCAGACUAUAUGACUUACAUAGGAACAAUUGGCCAUACAAUCAUAUUCUUUACAUCAUCAAAAUAGUAAUGGCUUGAAAAUAAUUUUAUAUUUUUAGAAAAGUGCACAUCAAAUUGUAAAGCCUCAUCCUCUGUGUCCUCAGUUUCUACCUGUACCACAUAAUGGUGUUAAUUCUAGAGGAGUGAAUCAAUUAUUACAAAUGAAUGGUACUUGUAUUUCUGAUUUUAGAAAGUUAAAAUAUGUGCAUGUGACUAAUGAUACUGAAAGGAUAGAAAAUAAUACAGCCUAACUCUAAUGACCCCAAGAAUUCAGAAGUUUAAAAUGCUAUCUCGCUUUGUUAGAAACUAGGUAAAAGGUCACAUUCCAGAGCCCGACCUUUCUUUAGAGCUAGCAGAAAGUCCUUGAAUAGGUGAUCCUGGCCCCACAAGGGCUCCGAUAAUUUAAACUGAUUGGCCUAAAAACAAUGGGAGUGGUACAAAUCGAUUGGUUCUCAUUUCGAGAGCUCUCCAUGCUAAGAAAUGAUUGGUUUGUGAUUCACAGGCUUUGUCAUAAACUUAUAAAAGCUGUUGCAAUUCGACACUCGUUAUACACAGUCCUCUAGCCCUGCGAGGUGUAUGGCUGUGGAACCCAGAAUUCUGGAAUAAAGAAACCCUCAUGUUAUUGCAUCGA